ACGGGCGUCACUGCUCUAAAUGCCCGAGGUGCGAUCCGCACGUGCAAAUACCGAUACAGUCACGUGACAAGAAGCACAUGGCAUUCAAACCACGUUCCGACAGAGAGACGUCACUGAGAAUGUCAGACGACGAGGGAAGGCGCUAGUUGCAGGUAUGGAAGGUGUGAUACUGUACGAAGAUGGGGACGGCAUCAAAGACAAAAUCAGCAGUGUUAUAUCAAAGGAAACGGAAAAGGAUGAAUACUUUGAAGACGCCUUCAUCACCAUUGAUAUGGAUGAUGUCAUCAGAAAGAUGAGACAAUGGCGCAGGUAUCUACCCAGGGUGAAGCCAUACUACGCUGUCAAGUGCAACAACGACCCUCAGAUCCUCUCUCUCUUAACUGACCUCGGUGUCUACUUUGACUGUGCCAGCAGGAAUGAAAUGGCCUCUAUUCUUGGUUUGGGCGUGGAGCCAUGCAACAUCGUCUACUCCCACAGUGUCAAAUGCCGUAGAGACAUCAGAUAUGCGGCGGCUGCUGGUGUUGAUUUGAUGGCAUUUGACAGCGAGCAUGAACUCAUCAAAAUAAAGUCAACUCAUCCCCACGCAAGAUUGUUGCUGAGAAUAAAACCGUCAGAUAAAUAUGACGUGCAGCAUCGGUUAAGCAUCCAGUAUGGAUGUGAACAGCACCAGGUCCGGCCUCUUCUUGCAGCCGCUAAGAGAAUGGAACUGAAUGUGGUGGGGAUCAGUUUCCAUGUUGGAAGUGGAGUCGUGGAUGGCCGUGUGUUCAUUGAUGCCAUAGAAAGAGCUGACAGGGCCUUUGCCAUUGCCUCCGAACUCAACAUUUCUCUGAGUGUCCUGGAUAUUGAAGGGGGUUUCUUAGGGCAGAAGAGAGCUCCUGUGGAAUUUAAAGAGGUUGCACGCCUCAUCAACAUUGCCCUUGAGGACCACUUUCCCGCUAAGAGAGGAGUGAGGAUAAUAGCAGAGCCUGGUCGCUACUUUGUGUCAUCGUGUGCGACCCUGGUCCUGACAGUUAUCGGAAAGAAGGUGAUGCAAGGUCGCUAUACGAAAGAUGGAGUUGAGAAUGAAUUCCUGUACUUUCUGAAUGACAGUAUCUUUGGUACCUUUAACGUCACCUUCACGGAUUGUACUGGAGCGAAACAACCGUCGUUGCUGAAGGCUCCACGGAGUGAGGUGACCUUCAAGUCCAGUGUCUGGGGACAGACGUGUGCAGGUGACGACAUCCUUUUCGAGGAGUGUCAUUUACCAGAGCUUGAAAUCGGGGACCGGUUGUUUGUGGAGAAUGUUGGCGCUUACCCCAUGUCGAUGAACAAAGGCGGGGCAUUUAAUGGAAUGCCACAACCUACUCCAGUUUAUAUCUGCUCGAAAACAUUGUGGAAAACCCAUAACUGGCAAAGCAGAGGAAAAUGUCAGCUAAACAUCGAAACAGAGGACCGUGUCACUGAAGAAGAAAUGACCAAAAUAAAACGGGAAACGCAUCAUGGAACCUAGAAACGCAAUAUUAUCCAACCUGACUGGGAAUUGAAACAGAGUUUGAGUCAGAAACCUGACAUUAAACACGUUCACUGGCAA